UACAUCAUCAAUAUAAAUAAUAUAAGAGAGAAAGUAAAAAUGUAUGAUAACACAUAACAUGUACUUAUAAAGCUCAAUAUUACUAACAACCAUUUUAAUCUUAUUUGGCUUCUCUAUAAAACCCUAGCUACCCCCAUUAUCUUAUUAACUUUCUCCAUCUCUCUCUCUCUCUCUUCUUCUUCCAUUUUUUUCUCUCUCUUUCUCUCUCUCUCUUUUCCAUUUCUCUCUCUCUCUCUUUGAGGAGAGGUAUAGAAAAAAAUGGAUAAAAGAGCAUGCAAUAAUAAUAAUAACUCACCACAAGAUGUGGAAGUUAGAAAAGGGCCAUGGACUAUGGAAGAAGAUUUGAUUCUCAUCAACUAUAUAGCCAAUCAUGGUGAAGGUGUUUGGAACUCUCUUGCUAAAUCUGCUGGUCUGAAACGUACCGGGAAGAGUUGUCGACUUCGGUGGUUGAACUACCUCCGUCCUGACGUCCGACGUGGUAACAUCACCCCAGACGAACAACUGUUGAUUAUGGAACUUCAUGCAAAAUGGGGAAACAAGUGGUCGAAAAUAGCGAAACAACUUCCAGGAAGGACUGAUAAUGAGAUAAAGAACUACUGGAGGACGAGAAUUCAAAAGCACAUAAAGCAAGCACAUGGCUUCCACACUCCACAAAGCAGCACAAAUAUAUUAUUAUCAUCUCAAGAUCAUCAUCAUCACCAUCAUCAUCAAAUUAUGAAUAAUGAACAAGCUGCAAGUUCAAGUAGCUGCCAAGUUUCAUACACAAUGGAUCCAAUGGAAACCUAUUCUCCACCAACAUACUCUCAAAACAUUGAUGCUUUCUCAGUGCCUUUGCCCCCAACUGAUAAUUCCAAUGAUAACUAUUGGAGCAUGGAGGAUCUCUGGUCUAUGCAACUUCUCAAUGCUGAAUAAAAUUAAAUCAUAUUUAAAAAAAAGAACAAUAUCUAUAUAUAUAUAUGGAUGAUAUUUGAACCUGAAAUAUUUCAUUAUUUUGGUUCAAUAUAUAUCAUUAGGGUUGUCUAUAUAUAGUUUGGAAAAAAUAUAUAUGUAUAUUUUUCCAGUUAUAUAUAAGUAGACUAAAGCAUAUAUUGCUUUGUGUUUAAAAAGUUUGCAUAUUUUCUCUCUUAUAUUUUAUAUAUAUAGAUUGGGAAAUAUGAGUAUCAUUUCCCCUUGAUGUGUAUAUCUCUACUUCUCUUUUUAUCAUGUCUUAUAAUAUGAGGCUAUAAUGUUCUAGCCCUUGGCUUA